CCCAGCCGAGGAGCUGUUCUGGCCUCGGAUAUGUUUUUGCAUUUCUAACUUUUCUACAGAAAAAUUCAAAGAUACUAUUGCUUUGACUUUUCGCCAAUUCUAGUUAUAAGUGCGCACGAGAUUGAGGAUGAUUGAAAGCAGCACCUGAAAGACAUUGUUGCUCUUCAAUUCCAAGUUACGAAAGCGCCCUUGUUCUGCGGGGAGCAAACAAAGGCCAUAGUUGUCAUCUCAACAAGCUUGGUUUGAUUGAGAUACAAUAAAACUGCCCCACAGCGGCCGCUACCUCAGACCUGAUUUGUUUUAGCAAUCUGAGACUUGUUCUGCCUCGUCUUGUAUUUUAAACAGCUUUUUGAUUUGCUCUUUGAAAUAUCUGUCUUGUUUCUCCUGUCAGUAAUUCUCUUACAGGACAGCCAUAGACAAAAUGAAUAAUCCAUGGAUGAUGCUUUCCGUACUAAUCUUCAUGUGCUUUUCUCUCAACUGCCAACUCUCAUUUGGAGCUGACACCAUGUCAGCAAAUCAAUCUCUGUCCGGAAAUCAUACAAUUGUUUCAUCGGGUGGAAACUUCGUAUUGGGCUUCUUCAAACCAGGUAACUCUUCCAACUACUACAUAGGCAUGUGGUACGGGAAGGUCUCUCAACAGACCCCAGUUUGGGUUGCAAACAGAGAGACACCAGUCCGUGAUAUAUACUCUUCAGAAUUAAAAAUAUCUAAUGGUAACUUAGAAUUGUUCAAUGAAUCCCAAGUACCAAUUUGGUCCACAAAUAUUAGCUCUAGCAGCUCAAGUUCUGUAGUAGCAGUUCUUGAAGAUAGAGGGAAUCUUGUUUUGAGAGAUGGGCCCAAUUCAUCAACGCCGUUAUGGCAAAGUCUUGAUCAUCCCACGCACACAUGGCUUCCCGGUGGUAAGCUUAGCUUAAAUAAACGAACCAAUAAAAGCCAACUUCUUACUUCAUGGAAAAAUUCAGAAGAUCCUGCUCCGGGUCUCUUUUCCCUUGAGCUAGACCCCACUGGUACCAAUCAAUAUUUGAUUCAAUGGAAUGGAUCCGAAAAUUACUGGACGAGUGGUACUUGGGAUGAACAGACAAGGAUUUUCAGCUUAGUUCCAGAAAUGAGACUGAAUUACAUCUACAACUUCAGCUAUGUUUCGAAUGAAAACGAGAGUUAUUUUACUUAUUCGCUUUAUAAUCCUUCUACCAUAUCUCGAUUUAUUAUGGAUGUUUCGGGCCAGAUUAAGCAACUUUCAUGGUUGGAAAGUAGCAAGCAGUGGAAUUUGUUUUGGUCACAGCCGAGACAACAAUGCCAGGUGUAUGCUUUUUGUGGGGCUUUUGGCAUCUGCAAUGAGAAAGCUCUGCCUUUCUGUAACUGUUUGUCAGGUUUCCAGCCAAAGUCAGUAAGCCAUUGGAAUCUGAGCGAUUAUUCUGAUGGGUGUGAAAGGAAAACCAAGCUGCAGUGUGAAGAUCCCACACUUGCUAAUGUGAAGAGUGAUAAAUUUCUAGAAAGCCCCAACAUGGUAUUGCCUCAAGAUGCCCAGUCUAUGACCGUUGGGACCAUGUCGGAAUGUGAAUCAGCCUGCCUCAAGAAUUGCUCUUGCACUGCUUAUGCUUAUGAUAGUGAUGGGUGUAAAGUUUGGAUGGGAGAUCUCUUGGAUCUGCAACAACUUGCGGAAGAGGCUAGCAAUGGAAAAGCUAUAUAUAUCAGGCUAGCGGCAUCUGAGUUCUCAAGUUCCAGCAACAAUAAGGGAAUAAUUAUUGGAGCAGUUGCUGGUUCAGUGGGUUUAGUCCUAGUUCUUGUAAUGCUUGCAAUUUUGAGAUGGAGGAGGCGAAAGAUGAUAACUCCAAAAGCUGUUGAAGGUUCACUUCUAGCUUUCGGAUAUAGAGAUUUACAGAGUGCAACGAAGAAUUUUUCUGAAAAACUGGGGGGAGGAGGCUUUGGUUCUGUUUUCAAAGGAAUGUUGCCAGACUCGAGUGCCGUAGCUGUGAAGCAGCUUGAGAGCAUCAGUCAGGGAGAGAAGCAAUUUCGCACAGAGGUCAGCACAAUUGGGACAAUUCAACAUGUUAAUCUAGUGCGACUUCGUGGUUUCUGCUCUGAAGGUACAAGAAAGUUAUUGGUGUAUGAUUACAUGCCAAAUGGUUCUUUGGAUGCCCAUCUUUUCCAUGAAAAGAAUGCCAAAGCUUUAGACUGGAAAAUAAGGUACCAGAUUGCACUCGGUACAGCUAGAGGCUUAGCUUAUCUUCAUGAGAAGUGCAGAGAUUGUAUUAUUCACUGUGACAUUAAGCCAGAAAACAUUCUCUUAGAUGCUGAAUUCUGUCCAAAAGUCGCAGAUUUUGGCCUGGCAAAGCUUGUUGGGCGGGACUUCAGCAGGGUGCUGACAACUAUGAGAGGGACAAGAGGCUAUCUUGCACCAGAGUGGAUUUCAGGAGUCGCCAUUACAGCUAAAGCUGAUGUCUACAGCUAUGGGAUGAUGCUUUUUGAGUUUGUAUCCGGAAGGAGAAACUCUGAACAGUCUGAAGAUGGAAAAGUUAGAUUCUUUCCAACUUGGGCUGCUAGCCUAAUAACUCAAGGCGGUGAUGUCCUUAGCCUAUUAGACCCCCGAUUGAAUGGAGAUGCCCCUGUAGAUGAGCUAUCAAGAAUAUGUAAAGUGGCUUGUUGGUGCAUCCAAGAUGAUGAAAAUCACAGGCCUUCAAUGGGUCAUGUAGCUCAGAUCCUAGAGGGGGUUUUGGAUGUGAACCUGCCUCCUGUGCCAAGAUCUCUACAAGUGUUUGUAGACAAUCAUGAGCACAUAAUCUUCUUUACAGAGUCAUCCUCAAGCCAGAGUUCUCAGAUACGGAGCAACAUUUCAACUACUUCUCAGGCUAAGAGCAGCACAUCAACAAUGAGUUCAUAAAUCAUGAAAACAAUUGUCUGGAAAUAAGUUGAGGUAUUUAGGUUUCGCCUUAUAUAUAUGUUUUAGAGUUGUCUUGACAUCUUUUUUUCUGAUACCUAAGUCAUUCUUAUUAAUAGUUGCCUUCUCUAUGGAGACUGGAGCAUGUUGCUUGCAUAAGUUGAGCAAAGCCUUGCUUCAUGGAAUGAGAUAAAUGUAAUUGUUUAUGGACAUUGGCUUGAUUGAGAAUUUGCAACUGCACGGAAUUAGAAUAAGUGAUAUAGAAUGAGUAGAGUAUCGUUCUCACGGAAAUUGAAAUAUAUGGAAAAGAAUUAAAUAUUGAAAUUGUUUACUUUUAAUUAUAUCUAAAAGAUUGAAAGUAGAAUGUAAAUAGCUGAAUAAUUACUUAAAUUAGCUAACUAAGCAUGCAAAAUAAACUAAAUUUGAACUUAACAAUUUAAAUUAAAUGAAAUAGAAUGUAAGUUUGCUUAAUAAACUUAAAGCAUGUAAAUUAAAUCUAAACCAAUAUGCAAGAUUAUAAACUAAUCAACUUAAACUUAAAUCACAAUGAACAAAAUUGAAUUAAAGCAGUUAAAUCUUAAAACAUGUAAGAACUAUUAAACAUAAAUCUAAAAAUCUUAAACAUGCAAAAACUAUAUUAAACAAAAUCUAAAUUAAACUUAAUGGAAU